UGUUGGAAAAGUGAAAUUCGGGUCAAAUCAAAGCUCCGAAUAAAAAACCCAUUUCGUUUUCGGAACCCUACCAAAACCCUCAGAACCUUUUCUUCACCAUUCUUCGCCAAAACCUCCUCUUCAAUGGCGAAAACCACUUUAUCCGGUUUAUUCUCAGCCUUAUCCGCCGCCACCGUCGCUUUCUCCGAUGGCGCCAUUCCUUCUUCAUCUUCAGGAACCGAUUCAUCUUCGAAAGCUAGUAACGAUAAUCCAAGGACUACUUCUUCUGGAUUCGAUCCUGAACCUCUUGAAAAAGGUCUUAAAGCUCUCAAACAAAUCUCUGCUUCAUCAUAUGCUAAAAAGGUGUUUGAGAUAUUGAAGAAACAAGAGGAGACAAGGCAAGCUGAAUUGGCUGCUAAGGUUGCUGAGUUUAAUCAAAUGAAAGCACAAUUGGAGACUGAAAAACAAAGGAUUGUAUAUGACGAAGAAAAAAAGCUGGCCCAACAUCAGGCACAAACAAAAUCUCAGAUGGCUAAAUAUGAGGAUGAGUUGGCAAGGAAGAGGAUGCAGGCAGAAAAUGAGUACCAUAGAGUAAGGAACCAAGAGCUUGUAAAAUUGCAAGAAGAUUCAUCAAUCAGACUGGAGCAAACUAGACUUGAAACAGAAAAACACAUUCAAGCACUACGAAAGCAAACUAUAGAGGAGCAGGCUAAGCUUGAACAUGAAAAAAUCAGAGAAACAGCACUUGCAAAAGCAGUAGGGAGAGUGGACGAAAUAAAGCAAAACGAAGAGAUUAACAGGAGAGAUCAACUUGUUGAAGGUGAUUUAGUCCGAGAAAAAUGGAUUUCUAUCAUAAAUACUACCUUUGACCAUAUUGGAGGGGGCUUUAAAGCCAUUCUAACAGAUCGAAAUAAGUUGGUCGUAACAGUUGGUGGAGUGACUGCUCUGGCAGCCGGGGUCUACACAACAAGGGAAGGUGCACGGGUUAUUUGGGGAUAUGUUGAUAGAAUAUUGGGACAACCAUCAUUGAUCCGAGAGUCCUCCAGAGGGAAAUACCCCUGGUCUGGCACGUUUUCUCGAGCCAAAAGCACCCUUGCUCGACUUGCUAAACCAGAAUCUGUUUCAAAUAAUGGAAAGGGUUUUGGCGAUGUAAUUUUGCAUCCUUCUCUUAGUAAGAGAAUUGAGCAGCUGGCAUUUGCAACUGAAAACACAAAAUUACAUCAGGCACCAUUCAGAAACGUGCUUUUUUAUGGCCCUCCAGGAACAGGGAAGACAAUGGCUGCCAGAGAGUUGGCAUACAAAUCGGGAUUGGAUUAUGCAUUGAUGACUGGGGGAGAUGUUGCUCCACUGGGAUCACAGGCUGUAACAAAGAUACACGAGUUGUUUGAUUGGGCCAAGAAGUCCAAUAGGGGUUUACUGCUUUUCAUUGACGAAGCAGAUGCAUUUCUAUGCGAGCGGAACAAGACGUAUAUGAGUGAAGCACAAAGAAGUGCACUAAAUGCCCUUCUCUUUCGUACCGGUGACCAAUCUAAAGACAUAGUCCUUGCUCUUGCGACAAACCGUCCUGGUGACCUUGAUUCAGCUGUAGCAGACCGUAUUGAUGAGGUCCUAGAAUUUCCCUUGCCAGGGGAAGAGGAGCGUUAUAAACUUCUUAAGCUCUACCUAGACAAGUACAUAGCUCAAGCUGGAUCAAGACAAUCUGGUUUAUCAUCAUUGUUCAAAGCAAACCCACAAAAGAUAGAGAUUAAAGGAUUGAGCGAUGAUAUCAUAAAGGAAGCCGCAGCUAAAACCGAUGGAUUUUCCGGAAGGGAAAUAGCGAAACUGAUGGCAAGUGUCCAAGCUGCCGUGUAUGGAAGCGACAACUGUAUCCUUGACGCAAGCUUGUUCCGUGAAGUGGUAGAUUAUAAGGUUGCUGAGCAUCAACAAAGAAUAAAAUUGGCAGCUUCUGAUAAAGCUUAGUUAGUGCAUGAGGAUGUAUCUUCAUAAAGAGAUUUUUUCAGCAGUCUUCUAAUGUAGGGCUGGUCUAUUCUGAGCAUGCUUUUAUCAUUGUUUGUCCCUAAUUGAUGGGAAGAUUUUGGAAUUAAAUUAUAGUGAAAUUUUAUUUAAGGCUGAUAAUCACUAUUCAAUAUUAAUCCAUGACUAUAUGUAACACUUGAUUCAGGUUUUGCUAGCUAUUAAGUUUAACAUUCUUUUUCUCCCUUAACCACGAUAAUUCAUGAACUACGGUGAUUGAGGAGAUUUCUA